GCGGCUUCCGUCCUGCAGCGGGUCCGGAAGAAGGUCCGGGGCUGAGGUGGUGGGAUCUGGCUGGAGAUGGAGUUUGACUGCGAGAGUCUCAGACGGCUGCUUGGCAAGUACAAAUUCAGGGAUCUGACUGUGGAAGAACUAAAGAAUGUAAAUAUACUUUUCCCACAUUUUAGAUAUUCCAUGGACACCUACGUUUUUAAAGAUAGUUCCCAGAAAGACCUGCUGAAUUUUACUGGCACUAUUCCUGUGAUGUAUCAGGAUGUUAGAAAGCAAAAUUUUUGGGUAACUUUUUGCUUUGUGUGUAUUCUGCAGCCUAAGUCUGUCAUUGUUGGAUUAAUUAAAGAAAUGAUUGCCAAGUUUCAAGAAGAAUUUCCUGUCUACUCUCUCUCAUCGUCUGAUGAGGCACGGCAGGUAGACUUGCUAGCCUACAUUGCAAGAAUCACUGAAGGUGUCUCUGACAUAGAUACAAAGAGCUGGGCAAAUCAUGAGAAUAGAACAGUGAAUAAAAUUACCGUGGUUGGAGGUGGAGAAUUGGGUAUUGCCUGCACAUUAGCAAUUUCAGCAAAGGGCAUAGCGGACAAGCUGGUCCUCUUAGACCUUUCAGAAGGGACUAAAGGAGGUUCAAUGGACCUUGACAUCUUCAACUUGCCUAAUGUGGAAAUCAGCAAAGAUUUGUCUGCCUCUGCUCAUUCCAAGGUGGUGAUUUUCACAGUCAACUCUUUGGGUAGUUCUCAGUCCUACCUAGAUGUCGUACAGAGCAAUGUGGAUAUGUUCAGAGCCCUUGUCCCAGUUCUGGGACAUUAUAGUCAACAGAGUGUCCUGCUCGUUGCAUCUCAACCAGUGGAAAUCAUGACCUAUGUGACAUGGAAACUGAGUGCAUUUCCUGUAAAUCAAGUGAUUGGAAUUGGAUGCAAUCUGGAUUCACAGAGAUUACAAUACGUUAUUACAAAGGUUUUGAAGGCACAGACUUCAGGCAAAGAAGUAUGGGUUAUUGGUGAGCAGGGAGAAGACAAAGUGCCCACAUGGAGUGGCCAAGAAGGAAUGAGUCCUAACUCUCAGGUGCAGCUAUCCAACAGGAAAUCCACUCUGACAUCUUUUAUUCUUAGCUCCCAAGCUGCUACUCUCAUUGCAAAGGGAUAUUACGGUAUAAAUAGUGAAGUGUUCCUAAGUUUGCCUUGCAUCCUUGGAACCAAUGGGGUAUCUGAAGUCAUCAAAACCACAGUGAAAGAAGAUACAGUGACUGAGAAACUCCAAAACAGUGCAUCCUCAAUCCAUGGUCUUCAACAACAGUUAAAACUUUGACUCUUAAGUGCAGUUGCCUGAAAGGAAAGAUAUUUAAUUUUGUCAACAUAUAUAGGCUUGAGAAAUUUUAUAUCUUAUUAUACUUACAAAUUAGAUGGUUUCUUGGCUAGCUUGGUGAUCUAAAUCCUUAAUGGUAAAAUGAGGAGAAAAAAAUCUAACUUUCUUUGGGGUUCUUGAGAUAGCUAUACUUACUAUUCUUUAAACCCGCAGCAGGGUAAACAUUAAUCUGCAUUGUGCAUCAUUUUAAAUUGUAUAUCCUAAUUAGCCAGGCAAGUGCCUGUAUUC